AUUGAGCAUACUUUAUUCUCUCUAAACUUCACUUUAUAAAAAUACAUCGGGUGUGUUGUUAGUGGCAAAACUAGAAUUUUUAUUGAAGGGUUCAAAAAUAAAUAUACGAAUUAGUCAAAGAGGAUUUAAUAUUUACUUAAAAAUAAUAUAAUUUUCCAAUCAAGGAAUUUUGAAUAGAUCUUUGAAUUCAAUUUUCCGGUUCACGAGUCAAUUGUGUAAAGUGGUAGACUGGAUCGAACCGUGCACUCGCCGGUUCGACUAUUUAAAGUUAUAAGAAUAUAAAGAAACAAAGAGUGAAGAAUCUGAAAACCCCUAAAACAUGGCGAGCGCCGUGAUGGAGAAGACGGAGGAAGAGCUUCGCAAAGAGCUCUUUGAACUCAAUCGACAGCAGCGUGAGAUUACUGAGAGGCUUAAGGAUCCAAGAGGUAUUCGUCGCGGUGGAUUCUCCGGUGGCGGAGGCGGUGGUCCUCGGAAUUUUGCUGCCAAUGGCGGUCGACAACGAGGUGUUGUUAGACCUGCGGAGAGGAAUGAUGCAGAGGAUCAACCAGCGCCUAAAAGACGUAUUUCUUCUGCUGUUGUGAAGAUUGAAGAGGGGGAGAUUGCAGAGGAUGUAUCUGGAGUUCCAACGGAUACAAAUAAGGAAGAUGCAGCUGUGGAGGCAAGUCCAAGGGAGGUACCUGUCAUCCAGAAUGAGAGAAAGCCAUCCAAUUGGCUCCGGAGAGAUGGCUAUAAAAGGCCAUCCAAAACGGAUUUUGAUAUACCUCCACCGGAGCCUGUGCCUAGAGUGUUGCCCAAAAACGAGGAUCCUAAAUUGGUUAGUAGGAAUAAGAGAAUGUUGGGACAGCUGCUGGGGACCUUGGAGAAAUUCCGAAAAGAAGACAUGAAGCUUUCAGGGACCGAGGCUUACAUGCGGAGGUCAUAUUCUUUGAAAAGGGCUGAGCAAAGGGCGCGCGAAGAAAGUGAAAAGCUGAGACAGCAGGAGCGUGAGCAGCUUGAUGAAAAGCUGAAAAGAGAUCUGACUCUUCGCGCACGACUUGCUGCUAAAGCUGAAGAGAAGAGGUUGGAAUUGCUGUUUCUUCAGUGGAGUGACCACCACAAAAAACUGGCCAGUUUUAUAAGGACCAAAGCCGAGCCGCCAAUCUUUUAUUCUUUUGCCAAACCAUUGGAAGAAGAUCCAGCCUUAGUUGAGCAGAAAAAAGAUCAGAUAUUCCAAGAAUGGAAAGCUGCAAGGAGAGAGGAAUUGUCGCAAUACCAGAAAAGAAUUGCUGAACAAAAUGUUGCAAAAGCUGAAGAGGAAUGGAAAAAUAUUUUAGAAAGGAGAGCCAAUAGAAAUGUAGCGAACCUUCAAGAGACAAUGGACAAAGAGCUUGAGACUCAUAGGCUUGAGCGUGGACCCAAGACUCGAAAGAUCCCUGGUGUCAGCAGCAAUGAAGAUGAUGAUGUUGAGGAUAUCAAUGUUGCGGAGGAUGAUAUGAUGGAUGAUAUGCUCGAAGUGGAUGAGAAUAACCAGAGGAGUGAUGAACAUGUAAAAGUUGAAGCAGGUAAUGGUAGUCCACAGAUUGAUAACAAUGAUCGGCAGGAGAUAUGAAUCUUUUUAUCUUAUUAAAGGUUUUGUUUGUGUCUGUUAUCAUAAAAAAAACAUAGGUUUAGUUUGCGUUUGUUUUUAUUGGGCAGUGAUAUGUUUUGUGUCAUUCUGUGUUUGGUUAUCUGUAUUACUGUUGUUUAUGUUAAACCUUCCAGUUUUGUUGUUUUUGCUCAA